UACUGGUACCGGUGACACGACCACGGUCGUCACUGCGGAUAAUGUAGAGGCGCUGUGGAGGAAGGCUGCUGAGAAGGGGGAUGUGAAGACGGGUGAAAGCAAGGUGGUGGUGGUGGAGAAGAAGGAGGAUGAUGCUGAGGACCAGGGCCCGCCCAGGAAGAAGACGCUCAAGGAGAAGAGACGGGAGAAGAAGGCUGCCUCUGCGGGAUUGGACGCACUAUCCGCCGGUACUCCUGCUGCUACUGCCGCCGCCGCCGCACCCGUCCGCAAGCCAGCACCCACCUUCCCCGCUGCGGUCGACACCUCGAAACUCACGCCUUUGCAGCAAAAGAUGCGCGCCAAACUGACGUCCGCGCGCUUCCGGCACAUCAACGAGACAUUGUACACGACGCCGUCGAACUCGUCGCUCGAGCUCUUCGCGACGCAGCCCGAGAUGUACACGGAGUACCACCUUGGCUUCCGGCAGCAAGUGUCCGUGUGGCCCUCGAACCCAGUCGACACGUUCAUCCACACGCUCCGCGACCGCUCCAAGAUCAAGUUCCAAAAAGGCUACUCCCGCGCGCUAAACUCAACGGCCGUGCAGCCGCUGCCGCGCGACCGCGACACAGGGAUCUGCACGGUGGCCGACCUCGGCUGCGGCGACGCCAAGAUCGCCGCCACGUUCAACCAUGGCAAGGGCCUGAAGGAGAAGAUCAAGGUCCUCUCGUUCGACCUGCAAGCGAGCACGCCCGACGUGACCAUAGCGGACGUGGCGAACCUGCCGCUGCCCAAGGAGAGCGUCGACGUCGUCAUAUUCUGCCUCGCGCUCAUGGGCACAAACUUCCUGCAGUUCGUCGACGAGGCCCACCGCAUCCUCAAGUGGCGCGGCGAGCUGUGGGUCGCCGAGAUCAAGUCGCGCUUCAACCGCAAGGCCUCUGCUGCAGAUGGGAAUUCCAACGCCGUCGGCCGCAAAAAGGGUACUGAAGACGCAGAGGACGGCGAUGAGCCGGAAAUGGAGGGCGGCGAGAAACGCGGCGUGCCCAAGGUCUACAUGAACUUUGUCGACGCACUCAAGAAGCGCGGGUUCACGCUGAAGGGCGCAGUCGACGGACAGAAUAAGAUGUUCGUCCGCAUGGAGUUUGUAAAGCAGCCGCCGGAGGCGGGUGGCAAGGAGGAUGAGGAGAUGGAGGGCCGUGCUGCCAUGGGUAGGAGAAUGCCCAAGAAACCGAAGUUCAUCGAGGAGGACCUUAAGGAGGAUAUGAUCAUGAAGCCGUGUGUGUAUAAGCUUAGAUAGUAGGAGAGACCGUGGAGGGGCAGAGGGAAAAGCUGGCGUUUUGUUUGCUUCGUAGUUUUCGUAGGGUGAGGGGAUAACUUGGUACUUUAAGUACGAAUGCAUUGCUGUG